AUGACGGUUUCUGAGAAAGACGUUGACAAGAAGGCGGAGCUGGCGGUCGAGCCGGCCUCAGAAGGCAGUGUGCCGCCUCACGAUGACUUGGAGCAGGGUGCCAUCAACCCCCUGAAGCGGAAUCUCCAGGGUCGCCACAUGCAAAUGAUUGCCAUCGGCGGUGCCAUUGGCGCUGGUCUGUUUGUCGGCACUGGUAAUGCUCUGCAAGAGGGAGGACCGGGUUCCCUGCUCCUCUGCUAUCUUAUUGUCGGCGCUAUGCUCUUGUUGACCAUCCAUGCGCUUGGAGAGUUGGCUGUUCUCUACCCAGAGAAUGGAGCCUUCUUCAGUUACUGUUCUUGCGUCGAAUUGGAAAACAAAAAGGCCGGCGCUAAUAUCAUUACGAACAGGGGAUUCGCCGUCGGCUGGGAUUAUGCUAUCAGCUGGUUGGUCAUUUUGCCCUUUGAGCUCACAGCGGCUGGUAUUACCAUAAGGUUCUGGCGACAGGAUCUGAAUGUUGGGAUCUGGAUCGCAGUAUUCUUGGUGGUUCUGAGCGCCAUCCAAAUCUUCGGUGUCCGAGGAUAUGGUGAAGUUGAAUUCGCCCUCGGAAUGAUCAAGGUCACUGCACUGAUUGGGUUCAUCAUAUUGGGGAUCGUGAUCGACUGUGGUGGUGCACCAGUGGGUGGAUACAUUGGAGCUCACUAUUGGCACGUCCCCGGUGCUUUCACGGACUUCAAGGGGUUCUGCUCGGUCUUCGUGACGGCUGCCUUUGCUUUCAGCGGGACCGAACUGAGUGGUCUGGCCGCGGCAGAGGCUGCAAACCCUGCCAAGUCUCUCCCGAAAGCGACGAAGCAAGUCUUCUGGCGUAUCAUGCUCUUCUACGUUCUGGGAACAUUCAUUGUCGGUCUGAUCGUGCCGUACAAUGCUAAUUAUCUUCUUGGAUCAUCGGGCGCCAACACCAAGGCUUCGCCAUUCGUUGUCUCCAUCCAGAACGCCGGUAUUAAGGGUCUGCCAUCUGUCAUGAACGCAGUUAUCACUCUUUCUGUGAUCAGCGUGGCCAACUCUGCGACAUAUGGAUCUAGCCGGACCAUCCAGGCCAUGGCUCAGAGAGGUAUGGCCCCCAAAUUCUUUGCCAAAGUCGACAAAGCUGGUCGGCCUGUCUGGUGCCUUGCACUGCAGAUUGCCUUCGGAUUCCUGGCCUUCAUCAAUGAGGCGUCUAACACAGGUGGCAUUAUUUUCGACUGGCUGCUGGCGCUCUCCGGUAUCUCCGACUUCUUCGUCUGGGGAAGCAUCUGCUUCGCUCACAUUCGCUUCCGCAAGGCCUGGGCGCACAACGGGCGCGAUGUCAAAGAGCUCGCCUUUUCUGCCCCGUUCGGUGUCAUUGGUAGCUGGAUCGGCCUCUCGCUCAAUGUGCUGUGUCUGAUCGCCGAAUUCUAUGUGUCGGUUGCAACCAUGAGCGCGGAGUCAUUCUUUGAGAACUACCUUGCCAUGCCUUUGAUCAUUCUCCUCUUCGUGGGCUGGCUGAUCUAUACCCGGAUCAACAAGGAUCCCAGACUCGAACGUGGCGGCUGGUUUAUAAAGGUGCAGGACAUUGAUGUCUUCAGCAAUAUUCGAGACAGUGCUUUGGACGUUGACCUGCCCCCGAAGGUCGAAUAUCCGACCUGGGGUGCAUGGUUAAAAGCGGCGCCUAUGAGACUUUUCCACUCUAUAUUCUGA